AGGUGAAACGAUUGAAACGAGUUCAACUGAAUAGAACAGACCCAAAAUUUUCAAACGUCCCCCCAAUUGCCUAUAGAUAGAAAAGUUUCACAAAAAACUCUCUUUUUUUGUCUAAAUCGCAAAAUAUUGCUGAUAAUAAUCUUUAUUCGUGUGUCCUGUUGUAUAAUUUUGUCUCAAAGAUCGAGAUUUAAUUGGAUUGAAUUUCGCAAAAAUUUUCUACGUUACACUCGACAAUCGUUUACGGUUUGCGGUAUUGCCAAGUGUUCUUAAGUAAAUGACGAAUGAAACGAUUCCCUUUUCUUGAAACACAGAUUAAUACUUUACAUGAACGAAAAAUUUAUUAUUUACCUUUCAACACAUCUUUCACCUAACCUAUACAUCUCGUCUCCACUGGUCUCCACAUACAUUCCUUCUUCUAUUCUCCAUUCUACUCGUUCUACCUUUUCAUCGUACGACUCGGCAAAAAUGAGCUCUCACGGGAAAGCAGAGACCGACAGGCUCAAAAAGAAUUUAGAAGAACAAUUGGAUCGCCUUGUGCAGCAGUUGGAAGAUUUGGAAUCUUGCAGAGUUACAUUAGAUGAGACAGAAUAUCAGGAAUGUAAGGAAGAUACCAUGGAGCAACUCCGUGAGUUUAAUGAGAGCCUGCAAAGAAUGAUAUCUGGAAAUAUGACUUUAGUCGAUCAACUUGGAGCAAUGCAAUUGGCGACUCAAGCAGCUAUUAGCACAGCCUUCCAGACACCAGCUGUGAUCAGAAUGUUUGGCAAGCGGGAGCCCGCUGGACUUAAAGAACGUCUCUCGCAAAUUGAUCGAGAUGUAAAACUAGGAAAACUGAACAAAGAAGCCGCCGAUCGUCAACGUGGAGAAAUAUUAAGCGCUUUGAGGCAACUUGGAGAAAAAUUGGAAUCAUCUGAAUUACAGUUGUUAGAGCGAUUAUCUUUAAAUAACAUAGAUUCCACCAGGUACGUGCAAGUUAACGAAACAGCGGAAAAAGGUAAAAUGGCUCUAGAUGUAGUCGGUAAAGAAGUUAAAGCUACCCAAGAUACUUGAACUGAUAAUUAGUAAUUAUAACGUUUUAACAUUAAGUAAUUUUUAUUUAUCAUUCUUUUUAUAGUUUAUUAAAGAGCUUUCUUAUCAAACAACUUACAUUUAUACAAGCCUUUAUGCUAGAUUUUUUUUUUUUCAAGUUUUUACAACUUGAAAUUUGACAAAGUUUUGAUACCAUUAGCAUUCAAACUAAACACAUUGCUACAAAUUAAAAUGUACUGUGCAAUUAAACUUGUUUGGAUUUUGCGGUAACAGCGCGAUAAUAUUGCAAUUGUUAUUUGAUACAAAGAGGAAGUAGUUCUCUCUAUUAUAUACCAAUAAUCAAAUACAAAUAGUAUAGAAACAUAUGUAUGUAGCUUUUAUGCAAUUUUUAAUAUAUAAAUAUUUAUAUUAUUUUAUGUUAUUUAAGUAUUUACUGUGAUCUAGUACAACAGCUACAUCAAAUUAGAAUUUUAUAGUGCACAUUAGAUAAAACAUAUAUGAAGGCAUCUUGUUUAUUGUUCACAAUAUUGUUAUGUGAAUCAUGAAAUAAAUAUAUCGAUGUUUCUGUGUGACUUCCGUUUCCAAGGAAAUUACAUUUCAGUCUGAUAAAAAUUAAAAAUGAAAAUUAUAAAGAGAUAACAUCUCAAGAUAAACAUGAUGAAUAACUGGUAAUUAAUAACUGAAUAACAAUAUACAUUUGUUCAUAUUAUCAUUAAUAGACAUAAGUAUGUAAAACUCUGUUAUUAAUAUACUGUAUAUGAAACAAAAACUUAUCUAAAAAAAAAAAA